AUGUCCGAUCUCUCCCGCAAGGAACCCUCAACUGCGGCCCUGUUAGAGAGAGCCAGGAACCAGCCUGACAGUAUCAGAGAGGCCCUUGAGAACCCUGCUGAGCACCCGGCUGGCGUGCAAUACGAUAAGAGUGAUUUGCCCUCCGAGCCUGUGUGGGACAAGGGUAGCACGACCAAGGUGGCUGUUGAUGCUCCUCCUGCAACCAAGAUGAUGGAUAAAACAAGAGAUCCUGCUGGGAUUCGGUGA